AUAUGCGGUAGUUCAGGUUCUGGGAAAACUCAUCUCACUUUUAACAUGUUGACAACACCAAACCUUUUAGAUUUCGAUUCUCUGUAUAUCUACACAACAACACCAGAGCAAUCGUAUUAUCAAUUCCUCAAAGCUUUGGAAUAUUUACCAAAGAAAGACGUUCAAGACAUAUUUCAAUAUUACGAAGAAAACGAAGAAGAAGUGGAAAUAAAAGAUAUCAUAGAAAACUUCACUAAAUCAAAGAAUCCAUCUUUCAAUCCAACGGAUAUAAAAGUUUUUCUUACGAAAAAUGUUAAUGAUCUAGACUUGUCUAAUAUUGAUAGCAAUCGAAAGAACUUAAUAUUGUUUGACGACUGCGUAGCGCAAAGAAAUCAAACUGUUCAACAAGAAUUCUUCACCAAAGGAAGACAUCACAACUGUCACUGCAUAUACCAAUCCCAAUCUUUUUACGGGAUGGAUUCUAUGUUCAUUAAAAAAAAUGCAAAUUGUUUUUUAUUAUUUGAAUUAAACGAUAAAGAUUUAUCUCAAAUCAUUCAGUCUAUAAAUCACGGAAUGGACAGAGAUACAUUUAAAAAGGUUUGUAAAGCUCAAUGGAGAAACCCAGAUGAUCAUGGAUAUGUAUUUGUAAAUACUAGAAAACCUGCGGGAGAAAGAGUUAUGAUCGAUAUAUGUUAA